GACGUCUUCAGACCAUCAACGCGAGAGCGCCUGCUUCAGUCCGUUUGCGAUCAAUCAAGAGCACAGCUUGAAGCCUUGAACAGCAAGGGCUGUUGCACAAUUCGUGUCUUCGCAUUCGCAAGGAGCAGCGACACGGUCGACGGCACAGGACACCGUGUCCACUCGUAUGGACAAUAUGUUCAGUCGCGGGAUGUGGGCCGUCGAGGUGUCCGUCAGCACGAUCGCACGCGAUAGCGAUGAUAUCACUGCGGUGUCCGACGGUCUUAUACGGAGCGCGCCUCGUCGUAUUUAGACACUAGUCGCUACAACAUGUCUGGCCAACGUCCUGUGCCUCGUCUCAUCCUUAUCCGCCAUGGGGAGACGGAGUGGUCCUUGAGUGGUCGUCAUACCGGCCGCUCAGAUAUUCCACUCACAGCGCACGGCGAGGAGAAGACGAAGGAGACGGCGCUUGUCCUUGUAGGAGAAGGCAAGGUCAUUGACCCGAAGAACAUAUGCAAUGCGUUUGUUUCUCCAAGGAUCCGUGCACACCGCACCUUUCAUUUGAUGUUUGAUCAUCUGCCGGCGCCCCCGCCCCAUGUCAUUACGGAGGAAGUACGAGAAUGGGACUAUGGUGACUAUGAGGGCCUGUUGCCGUCCGAGAUUAAGGAGAGGAACCCCAAAUGGGUGAUAUGGCACGAUGGAUGUCCGAACGGAGAAAGCACUGAGGAGAUGUGUCACAGAGUCGACAGCGUUAUCGCAAAGGUCAAGGAGCAUCACAGGCAAUGGCUUGAAGAAGGCAGAGGCAGUCGGGAUGUCGUGAUCAUCGCGCAUGGUCACUUCAACCGAGUCUUGAUUUCCCGCUGGAUCAACUUCCCUCUGUGCCUGGGCACACACUUCAAUGUCGAACCUGCUGGGGUCGCAGUCUUGAGCUACAACCACCGCAAUCUAGCUGAGCCAGCUCUAUCGGCACUGAACCUAUAUGCUCCGCCUGCGUAGACCGGAUAAGGGCGUCGUUCGUACCACACAUAUCGAGUCCGGUGUAGAUACGGCGAAUGUAUGAGACUAGAAGCAGAAUGGCGCAUUGUAUGAUAUGUAGUGCACACUUACACACCGAAAA